AUGGGCAAACUUCGAGCCGCCGGCUCUAUCGACGAGGAGCAGGUCUUUGUCUCCAACGAACGAGGAGUGCAAGGUAGGCUAGAAGGGCGAGCCGGACUAGUUUUGGGCGCCGCUUUUCGUUCCCAGCAGCUGGACCUUGUGCUGGGAGACUCCCAGGGUGCCCUGCCGCCGUAUCGUGGCUACUUGUGA